CCAAGAGCUGUCUGGGAUAUAUCUCCAUCUCCAGCACCUCCCAGCUCAUCUAAGGGGCUUUCCUCUCCCUGUCUCUCCUCUUCUGACAAGUGGGAGAAGGGGUGGCAGACACUCCAGAUGGAAAGGACUCCAUGACUGGCCUGUGGCUCUAGGGAAUUAAAAGAUCAAUUCUAAAUGCAAUAACAAUAUAAAUAUAUAAAGAAGAGGGGUCGGCAACAAUCUCCAAAUGGCUUCAGAGAUUACGUACGCUGAAGUAAAGUUCAAGAAUGCACCACCACCACCUGCAAAGACCAAAGGGGUUUCUUUACCUUUAGUACCUCCAGAGAAGAGCACGCCACAGAGUGCACCCCAGAAACCCACCUGGCGAUUCCUGCGGUUGGUCUCAGCACUGUUGCUGUUGCUGUGUGUCUCUCUCCUCAUUGCCCUCAUUGUCACUCUACUCAAGGGAACUGGAGGCUGUGAAGAGCAUAAGGCCCUGCCCCAGAGUUCUGCAGAGUGGCAUUGUGUCCUGGGGAGAGCUGAGGUGAAAGGGCGAGUCUGGACGUGCUGUCCCAUGGGCUGGAAGCGCUUCCAGUCCAGCUGCUACUACCGCUCUUUAGACAUCAUGAACUGGGGUGACAGUGAGACAAACUGCACAGGGAUGGGCUCCCACUUGGUGGUGAUCAACACAGGAACUGAGCAGGAUUUCAUUUUCGAUUGGACAAAGAGAAUUUUUACGUCCAUCUCAGACAGGAGUUACUAUAUCGGUCUGACAGAUCAGGCACAGGAAGGCCAGUGGCGCUGGGUGGAUCAGACUCCAUAUAAUGAGACUGCAGCAUUCUGGAGACAAAAUGAACCUAGUAAUGGAAACAUGGAGAACUGUGCUGUCAUGCAUAUAGAGACAAAGGCAAAUAGGAAUUGGAAUGACAUUCCAUGUUCCACUAAAGUACAUAGAAUUUGUGAAACUGCUGCAACAAAUUUUUGAGGAAAGAAACCCCACCCAGGAUGUGAAGCCAGAAAGAGAGAGAGAGAGCCCAUCCCUGGCUAGAGGCAGCUGAGAAAGAGAUCUGAUUGGAGGGUUUGGUUCAGAUGUGAGACUUGUGCUGUAAUUAUGGAGUGGGAGGUUACUGUGUUCAAUGGUUCAAACUCACCCAUAUGCACAAAAGAAUUUUGAAAAAAAAAUUGGUAAAAUGUUUGGAAGUGGAAAAGAGGUAAUUUUCAGCAGAACUCUGUUUAUGAUGUCACAAAGGUGGACUAUGCCAGCACCCAACAUUUCUGGAGGACCUGGGUUGGUAAGGGCAGGGUCCAGAGGCUUUGGCCUUGAAAGAGUUGAAGAGAGAGUUACUAUUCACGAUUAACCCACUCAGUGCUGCUAAAGUUAAUAACAUCCCUUGUAAAGUCAUCGCUUCCAGGGUGCUAACGUGUCAGUCCCUGUGGAGAUCAGUGCUGUAAAUGGAGAGUCUCUCAUCCUGUCCCUGCAGUCCUUGCAACUGCGGUUUCAAAUGAGUGUUUCAGCUUUCAGGAUAAUGAUGCAUAAA